GAUAGGGGUGGUUCUAUAUAAGGCGGGGGGCGGCCUCCCCUCGGCUCCAGAAUCACCCAAGACACCGUCGGAGUACCGUUGGACCGGCGCGACCAACUGCUCAUCCCGGAAACGGGAGCGACCCUCUGGACCAGCGCUGAGUGGAGCCCCGCGAUGCUCAACUUCGGCCCGCUCGCACUGCUCACGAGUGGGCUGCUGCUGUGCUUCCUGGUGGCGCCGCUGGCCGCCCAGUCCUGCACGUCGUGCGGGCCCGAGUGCGUGUCGGCCUGCGGGUCGCGGCGCUACCGCACCUGCUGCUUCAACUACCUGCGCAAGCGGCGCUCCCCCGCCGCGCCCGGCGCGCCCGCCUCCGAGAUGGCCGAGAUCGCCGGGGCGGCCGUCGGCGGGGUGCAAGUCCCGGGGGACGCGCUGGGGUCCGACGACCUCCGGCUGCAGCUCGUCCUCUUGCCCAGCGAUCACCUCGAGGAGGGUCAGGAUGCGGCUGGCCCACUUGUCGGCUUCAACGGCGCGCAGAGCCUUCUUCGGCGGCUGCUGGACGGACAGCCGCCCACGGACAACGAGGGCGGCGGGGGCAGCAACGGCGGCAGCAGCAGCAGCAGCAGCGGCAGCGGCAGCAGCGGGGAGGCGGCGAGCGCCCCCGCACCGGCCACCCUGCAGCGACGCCGGGCGGGGGGCGGCGCGGGGCCGGCGGCCGCGGGCAGGGACUGGCUGGCGGACCUGCGAAGACGCGUAGGGCUCAUGUACAACGUGUAGCGGGGCCGCAACGUCUGACCCUCAUUCACACCUCUCGCGAAUGAACGGGCCGCAGGCGCGGAACCACCGCCAAAGCUGGCGUGCGCCUGUGGCUGGGGUUGCACGCCAGCUGUCCGGACUUGGAGCGAACCGGCGGCUGGCCGUUUAUAGCACUUUAUUAUUCACACACACGAAAUAAUAAUAAAAAAAACACGCUGCAGUUGUUCUGUGCGCCUUCCGCAGUUUUCACUACGUAGUUUUGCUUUUGAAGAUGAGAAAAGAGAAUACUACUGCUAUAUCAAUACAGUUCCCUCUUGGUUGAUAAUGUGUAGGUUUCAUGUUUCAUUUUAUUAAAAACUAUGUAAAUAGAUAUGUUGGUAAAAAAAUGCUCCUUCUAUCACCAGUGUCUUUCUUAAAACCUUACCAAUAAAAAUGGUUGUUCAAAUCUGUUAAUUUGAUAACAAAGUACACAUUCUGAACUACUGA